AUGGACAAAAAAGUCGAAGAAAUCAAAUCAGUGAAAUUUCAAUCAAUGAUUUCAAUCGUUGAAAAAACUCCUAAUACUUGCGUUUUCAUUAAUUCUAGCAAUGAUUGCUUUAAUCAAAAUCAAGUAAUCAAUGAUGUGCAAAAAUUAAUAAAGCUUCCAUUCCCGCCCAUGAUCAAUCCUUGCGAUUUAAUCGUUUUACGUCCGGAUGGUCACGUUCCAAGAGCUCCCAAUGCAUUUAUAAUUUAUAGAAAAUUAUUUGUUAAAGCUGCAUCAGUUUAUAGCUUACCAAUGAGUGCUAUUUCUUCAAUAGCAUCUAAAUCAUGGGAGCAAGAAUCAGAUGAUGUUAAAGAAGAAUAUAGAAGAAUCGCAAGGGAAGCUUUUAAUUAUCGUAAUAAAUUAUGUCCUAAACUUAAGAAUGAAAGCAAGAGAAAUAGAUGGAAAACUAUUUUGUUUAACAAACCAUAUACUCGUAAGAUUAGAAUGAAUAAACCUAUAAGAUCAGUUAAUAAGUCCACAAAACCUAAAAAAGAUCCUAAAUCUUCUACUUCGAAGCUCGAAAUUGGUGGUUUAACCGAAACUAAUUCACCAAAUAUUAACCUUAACUUGUUUGAUGAUUGGACAAAUCAAGAUAUAUUUUCAAUUCCUAAUUUAUCAAUGAAUUCUAAUGAUGAUUUGCAUGAAAAUUUUGAGAAUCAUCCGGAAAUUUCCUCACAAAGCUUUAAUUUACCAAAUGCGUCACGAAUUGAUAACAAUAUUGCAUGUGACAACCAGCCGUUCAUUGGUGAACUUGGGAUUUCGGCUCUUCCCGAAGAUAACUUAAUUGGAACCUUCGAUUUUCAAAACAUGAUCUCUUUGGAUCAUUUCGCCUAUCGCUACGAUCAUAAAACAUCUCAGGAAAGACCAGCCUUUGCCGACUUAUUCGAUUCGACUAUAUAUCAACAUGAUAUGAGUGAAGAUUUGUUAACUUACGGAAUGGGUCCCGACUAUUACUAUUAA